AUGCAAGGCUGGGCGGGGGUCGCUGGGGCGCCGGCGGGCGAGGGGGAGGCGGCGCGGCUGCGUGCGCGCGUCGCGGAGCUCGAGCGCGAGCUCGCGGGCGCGCGGCUGGCCGCGGAGUCGGCGCCGGCGCGAGGGGACGGCGGGCUGGAGUCGGCGCGGUCGGCGUCCUUCAAGUUGCGGCAGGAGAGGGGGGGUCAAGUCGGCGACGCGGCGGGGGAUCCGUUUGGGUCGCACGUGGACGCGGAGGGCGACGCGGGGACGAUUGGAGCCGAGGCGGCGGCGCUGCGGGCGGAAAACGCGAAGUUGAAGCGGCAGGUGGAUGACUUGACGCAGGAGAUGCGGGAGGCGAGCGAGAUGUUCCGGGACGCGGAGGCGGGGCUGGACCGCGUGGAGGAGCUCGAGCGCGAGCUGGCGGAGGCGCGGGCGGCGGCGGAGGGCGCGCGCGGGGAGGUGGAGGGCGAGCUGGGCCGUGCACGCGCGGAGGCGGAGGAGCUGCGCGCGAAGCUGCAGGAUGCGGAGGGCGGGGCGAACGCGGACGUCGCGCGCCUCGAGGCGGAGCUCACGUCAGUCAGGGGGGAGUUGCUGCAGGUCAGGGGGGACCUCAGUUCGGCGCGUGCGGAGGCGGAGGAGCUGCGCGCGAAGGCGGAGGAGGCGGAGGGCGGGGCGCGCGACGCGGACGUCGCGCGCCUGGAGGCGGAGCUGACGCAGGUUCGGGGGGAGUUGACCCAGGCGCGUGCCGAGGUCGAGGACCUGCGCUGGAAGCACGAGGAGGGCGUCGCGGACGCCAACAUCGCCGCUGCGCGCGCAGAGGACGCCGCGCUCGAGCUCGAGGCGCUGCGCGCGGCCGGCGCGGGUGCCAGCGCGCAACACGGCGACGCUGCCGCGGCGGGGCUCGAAGAGGCGCAGGCGAAGAUCGCUGCGCUGCAGGCGGAGCUCGAGGCGGCGGAGGAGCAGCUGUACGCGUCGGAGACGCGCGUCGAGGAGCUCGAGGGGCAGCUCGCGGAGUCGUCGGGGCUGGUGCCAACUCCUGCUGUCAGCACCACCGCGGUCGGCGUGCAGGGCCGGGGGGCGUCCGAGGAGGUCAAGGCGCAGCUGGAGGAGGCGCGCGCGGAGCUCGAGCGCGUGCAGGCGGCGCAGGCGGACGCCUCGGCUGCCGCGGAGCAGCGCGUUCGAGACUUGAAGACUGAGGUUGAGCGGCUCCGAAAGGACCUCGCCGCGGCACAGGCCGCACGCGACGCGACCGCGGACGCCGCGUCGCGCCUCGAGGUCGCCGAGCUCGCGCUCGCGGGCGCGGAGGCGGCGCUGAACACCACCCGGGAGGAGUUGCUUGCUCGCGAGCGCGCCCUCGAGGACGCGCAGGCUCGCGCCGACCGCGCCGAGGCGCGCCUGGGCGACGCCGAGGCCGAGCGCGCCGCCGCGCACGAGCGCGCGGAGUUCUCGGAGCGCGAGGCCGCCCGGCUCGCGGAGCAGCUCGGCCGCGAGAGCGCGGCAGCAGAGAAGGAGGCGUAUGAGCUUCGCGGGAGGGUGGCGGCCGGGGAGCGGCGCGUGGCGGAGCUCGAGGAGCGCGUGCGCGAGCUGGAGGCGCGGCGCGGCGACGGCGAGAGCGGCGGCGGCGGCAGCGCGGCGCUGUUGGCGCGGGUGGCCCACUUGACCGACGAGCUGCAUGCGUCGCAGCAGCACCUGUCGGCGGCGAACCGGCGGGCCGCGGAGGCGGAGGCGGCGCUGGAGAGGGAGGAGAGCGAGCGGGCGGCGACGCCGAACGGGGACGGGGCGCACGCGGGGGACGGCGCGGAGGUCGAGGCGCUGCGCGCCGAGGUGCGGGCGCUGCAGCAACAGGCCAUGGUGACCAAGGGGAACACGGAGCGCCUGGAGCGGCAGCUCGAGGCGUCGCGCGCGCAGGUCGCGGAGCUCACCGCGGAGGCUGACCGCCUCAAGUCCCCCACGGGGGCGAGGACCGGGAGCAGCCCGCCCGUGUGGGAGCGCGGCGGCAGCUUUGCCACCGCUGCGUCGCGGCAGUCGUCUGUGGACCCCGGGGGUUCGGUGGCGUCGACGAUGAUGGCGCAGGACCAGAAGCGCACCGCGGACGACGCGUGGGUCCGGCAGAGGCUCGCGGAGCUCGAGCAGGCGGUGCGCGAGAAGGAGGAGGAACUCGAUCGCCUGCGCAGCAUGCAAGACACGGCCAGCACGGCGGGCACGCCGCUCAAGAGCACGCAGCCUGGCAGCAGCGACCUCCAGUCGAAUACUCCCCCCGCGGCCCACCCGGCCGAAGCGGAGGUCCAGCGCCUCGAAGCCAACCUCCGCGACGCGCAGGAGGCCCUCGCUGCCGCGCAGCGCGACGCAGACGCCGCCAGGGCGGACGCCGCGGCUGCGCGCGCCGACGCGGGUGCGGCGCAGCGCGAGGUCGAGGCUGAGAAGGCGGGUGCUGAGCGCGCGCGGCGCGACGCCGACGCGGCGAGGGCUGAUGCGGGGGCUGCGCGGGCGGACGUGGAGCGCGCACGGGCGGACCUCGCGAGUGCGCGAGAGGCGUUGGCGGCAGCGCAGACGGACGCCGAAUCCGUGCGUGGCGAGCUGGCAUCGGCGAGGGAGGACGUCGCUGCGGCGAAGGGCGAGGCAGCUACGGCGCGGACGGACCUCGAGAGGGCAACGGAGGCGCUGGCGGCGGCGGAGGCGGACGCCGAAUCCGUGCGCGGCGAGCUAGCGUCGGCGAAGGAGGACGUCGCUGCGGCGAAGGGCGAGGCAGCUACGGCGCGGGCGGACGCGGAGAAGGCCGUGCGGGCCGCGGACGAGCGGGCGCGCGCCGCGGAGAAGACUGUCGCUGUCUCGCAGGCGUCCCUCGACGCGCUGGCGCAGGCGGAGCUGUCGGAGGCGCGGGAGCUCAGCGAGAAGAACGCGGCGCUCGCAGGGGACAUCGCGCGGCUCGAGGGCGAGGUCGCAGCGCUGCGGAGCAGGGCGGAGGGCGCGGAGGGUGACGUGGCAGCGGCGAAGGAUGCCGCGGCGGGGCUGAGGGAGGAGAACGGGCGGCUCGCGGAGCGCGUCGCGGCGCUGGAGAGCGAGCGCGAGAAGCUGGCGGGCGACGCGAAGGCGGCGGCGGAGUCUGCGGCGCGGGCGGAGGCUGCGCGUGCGGCAUUCGAGGCCCGCGAGCGCGAGCUGGGCGCUGGGGCCGCGGAGGCUGCGUCGCGCGCGGGCGAGCUGGAGCGCGAGGCGGAGCGGCUGCGCGACGCGCUGGCGACGGCGGAGGCCGAGGCGCGGUCGCUGCGGGCGCAGCGCGACGGUCUCGAGACGCGGAUGGCCGCCAAGGACGACGACGCGGAGGACGCGCGCGCGGCGGAGGUGGAGGCGCUGCGGGCGGAGCUCGAGGAGCGCUCCGCGGAGGCGGAGGGUCUCCGCGGGCGGCUUGCGGCGGCGGAGCGGGCGGCGCAGGAGGGCGCGACGCUGCGGGAGAAAGUGGCGGCGCUCAGCGCGGAGUGCACGGACCGCGAGCAGUACGUCUCGGAGCUCGAGGCGCACGUCGACGAGAUCGAGGCGCGCGUCGGGGCGCUGCAGGAGGAGCUCGACGCGGCGCGGAGGGGCGGCGGCGGGGCGGAGGCGGCAACGCUGCGGAGCGACCUCGAGGCGGCGCGGCGGCGGGAGCGCGAGGGCGCGCAGCGCGCGGAGGCGGCGCGGCGGGAGGCGGAGGCGGCGCGGGCGGAGGCGGCGCGGGCGAGGGAGGCGGCGGAGCGCGCGAAGGAGGCGGCGGCGAAGGAGAGUGCGGAGCUGACGGAGCUGUUGGUGGAGGCGAAGAUGAAGGCCGCGGAGAUGGCGGAGGAGGUGACGCGGCUGCGGGGGCAGUCGGCGCGCGCGCGGCGGAUGUCGGGGUCGUCGCAGAUGUUCAGUUGA